AUGACGCGACCACUUCAUCCAACCGGCCAGACGAGGUUCAAACCCACUCGCCCGACAUGGCGGUUCCUCAAGAACCUCCGGCCACCCCAUCCCCAUCCGCCACCCCAUGCGCCACCCAAAGCCAAGUGGGAUGGCAAACGGACCGCAAAGAGGGACAAGUGCACGGGCCACGACGCUGCCGACUGGGAUACCGAGCCAGAGAAGGGCACCAAGAAGCUGUUCGGUAACACUCUCCGGCGACGUAGGAGAGCUGCGUCGCCGCGUACUUCGCGCCCAGCGAGUCCCACUAGACCAGCGAGUCCCACUAGACCAACCAGCCCGACGGCACGCGCAGCGUCCCCGUCCGAGCGCGGUCUGGGCCGAUCGCCAUCCCGGCUGAAAUGGCGGCGCAGUUCGCGUCCCUCGACACCAGCAUCACGCACUUCCUCGCCAAGCUCGUUUCCCCUCUUGCCAAUAUCGCCGAGCUCGUUUCCCCUCCGGCCAAUAUCGCCCGGCGUAUCGCCCGGCCCAGUCCCACGCCUCUCCUCGGUAUCGACAAUGACGACGUUGAUGUCAACCGCCGCGUCUUCGCCAUCAGCCUCUCAAACGGCAUUGCCUAUGACGCUCCCCCAACCCAAGAAUGACAUCUCAGCCGCGCAAGAGGCGCAGAAGAAGAGAGCACGCUCAACAUCGUCAGUACAUAUUGCCCUCGGCGCCGUAUUUGGAUGUGUCCUUGCCCUCUCGCCGUGGCCCGCGCUUGCUGCUGCGCUGGCCGUGGUGCUGGCGAUCGUGUUGGCGACGCUCUGUCCUACCGUGCGCGUGCGGGGCGCGCAGGCGUACACGACUUGCGGUGAGGCCGCGACGGUCGCUGUCGCGGCUGUUUACCGAUGGGCGCAGGAGCGCAAGAGGUAG